AAUAUCUAUAUUUAAAAUUGCAACUAGAUAGAGGGCAAAAGAGAUUAAAGAUGGCUUCUCUUUUUAGUGGAUUUGGUCGAAAUUUGCCAAGAUUGCUAAGGCAUAGCAAUAGCACAUUUAGGCGAGAAAUCUCGGUAACAUCGAUCUGUGCAGAUAAGUCAUCACAACAACGUUUUGAUCCAGAUGUCAAAGAUAUUAAGUCAUCACAACAACGUUUUGAUCCAGAUGUCAAAGAUAUUCAAAGUGUUCUUGAACCAGAGGAAAGUAAACAUCAAGAAGCUUUACACAAAUUUAUCACCGUUGAUACUCCUAUGGAUAUCUCUUCCUUAACUGGUGUGCCAGAAGAACACAUCAAAACUCGCAGGGUUCGGAUAUUUGUUCCUACAAAAAAUGCCAUGCAGUCAGGAACCAACAAUACCCAUCAUUGGAAAAUGGAAUUUGAAACCCGUGAAAGAUGGGAGAAUCCUUUAAUGGGAUGGUGCUCAUCUGGGGAUCCUCUAUCUAAUAUGAACCUACAAUUCCUGUGCAAGGAAGAUGCCGUUGCAUUUUGCGAGAAAAAUGGAUGGCCAUAUUUUGUAGAAGAACCACCUGUUCACAAACCGAAGAAGAAGAGUUAUGGAGCAAACUUUGCUUGGAAUAGAAACACAAGAGUUUCUACUAAAUGAUUGUUUAUUCUGGAAUAUAUCCCAUCAUGAGUAAAAACAUGAAAUACUUUGUAGGUAUUUAGAGAUAUAAAAUAUUACUGUGUGAGAAAAAUGGAAAACUUAAGAUAUGUUAUUUCAUCUUUCUUGGAAAUAAAUACUUAGCUGUAAAGUCUAAAAUUAACACAUUUAAUUAUGUGGUAAAAGAGUGUUUUGGAAAGUGAUCACUGUUGUGUAUAGAUAAAAUAAAGUCAGUCGUAGGAACAUUGAAA